AUGGCUAUGCAGAUGCAGCUUGAAGCAAAUGCAGAUACUUCAGUGGAAGAAGAGAGCUUUGGCCCACAACCUAUUUCUCGAUUAGAGCAAUGUGGCAUACAUGCCAAUGAUGUGAAGAAAUUGGAAGAAGCUGGAUUCCAUACUGUGGAGGCUGUUGCCUAUGCACCAAAGAAGGAACUAAUAAAUAUUAAGGGGAUUAGUGAAGCCAAAGCUGAUAAAAUUCUGACUGAGGCAGCUAAAUUAGUUCCAAUGGGUUUCACCACUGCAACUGAGUUCCACCAAAGGCGGUCUGAGAUCAUACAGAUUACUACCGGCUCCAAAGAGCUUGACAAACUACUUCAAGGAGGAAUUGAGACUGGAUCCAUCACAGAGAUGUUUGGAGAAUUCCGAACUGGGAAGACCCAGAUCUGUCAUACGUUGGCUGUAACAUGCCAGCUUCCCAUUGACCGAGGUGGAGGUGAAGGAAAGGCCAUGUACAUUGACACCGAGGGUACCUUUAGGCCAGAGCGGCUGCUAGCAGUGGCUGAGAGAUAUGGCCUCUCUGGCAGUGAUGUCCUGGAUAAUGUAGCAUAUGCUCGAGGGUUCAACACAGACCACCAGACCCAGCUCCUUUAUCAAGCAUCAGCCAUGAUGGUAGAGUCCAGGUAUGCACUGCUAAUUGUAGACAGUGCCACCGCCCUCUACAGAACAGACUAUUCGGGUCGAGGUGAGCUUUCAGCCAGGCAGAUGCACUUGGCCAGGUUUCUGCGGAUGCUUCUGCGACUUGCUGAUGAGUUUGGUGUAGCCGUGGUCAUCACCAACCAGGUGGUGGCCCAAGUGGAUGGAGCAGCCAUGUUUGCUGCAGAUCCUAAAAAACCUAUUGGAGGAAAUAUCAUUGCUCAUGCCUCAACAACAAGACUGUACCUGAGAAAAGGAAGAGGGGAAACCAGAAUCUGCAAAAUCUAUGACUCUCCUUGUCUUCCUGAAGCUGAAGCUAUGUUUGCCAUCAAUGCGGAUGGAGUAGGAGAUGCCAAGGACUGAAUCGUUUUUUUUCCUGUGAUAAACCUU